AAUGUUUGUUUCUCCUAGGCAUUUGCAAAAUAAAACUGCAAAAUUUAGCAAAGAUCGACAAGAAUAUUUGCAGCAAUUGGUAACAGAAUAUUCAACAACUGUUGAAAUUGAAGCCAAGCAGCAGAUCGUCGCAAACUUGGCAAACUUUUGCUACGAUCCGAUAAACUUUGAUUAUAUGGAAAAAUUAAAUAUAAUUGACUUAUUUACAGAUGUUUUACAAGACAACGAUGAAAAAUUAAUAGAAUUUGCAAUAGCUGGUUUAUGUAACCUAACUGCUCACGUUAAUUUCCAGGAAAAAGUAAUGCAAACACCUGACUGUUUACAAUUAAUUAUGAAAUGCUUAUCAAGGGAUUGUGAGGAAACAUUAAUAUCAGCAAUGACUACACUCAUUCAGCUGCUCCAUAGCCAGAAGGAUAAACUUACCGUUGUUGAAAUAGUUAACGCUAUGAAAACAUUAUCUUUCUCGGAAAAUAAAAGAAUAAAAAAUUUAGCUCUCUUAUUUUUAAAAGAUACUGGAACUGUACCUUAUUAA